CCAUAAUUUUGCGAGUCUCUCCAGCAUCCAUACCCCUGCAUGGUCUCUCUCCACCGGCCAUGCACGACCGUUUCUCUCCCCAACCGUGGAUUUCCUAUUACUCUCGUUACGACUCACUGAGCCCCAGGCCCAAGGAUAAUGAUGUGUUGUUUCUUGGUAGCAUAAUUUGUCACACGUAUAUUUCUUCUUCUUCUUCUCUUGCAGAAAGCACAGCUCCCUCUCACACACUCACACACUUCUUGUUAAUUCAGAAGAACAAAUGAUCAACGUCAACAAAUAACGAGAAUUAGUGACUUUAUGAGUUGGAAUCAAUGAUUAUUCUGAGGCACCGACCAUAGACUUUAAAGGAAAGGAUAUUUCUUUACAAAGGAGAACAAAGGAAAGUCAAGUGAAAAUAUUUGGAACCUGAAGCUUACUUUAUUUUUUUUGUGAAGCUCUGAAGUCAGGUGGCGUUCAUAGGCAGGAAGUCAUGUCCAGAUCGGGGGAUAGAACAUCCACCUUUGACCCAACACACAGUGACACCCUGCUGCACGGGCUCAAUCUUUUAUGGAGGAAACAGCUAUUCUGUGAUGUGACUCUGACUGCCCAGGGACAGCAGUUCCACUGCCACAAAGCAGUGCUGGCAUCCUGCUCCCAGUACUUCAGGUCUCUCUUCUCCACACAUUCGCUCAACAGCGAGGGGAGCAAAGACCAGGGGAGCAGUGGGACCCCAUCUUCCUCUCCCGAUGACAAGCUCAUGGCCAGCACUCGGCCCAUAAACAACCUGGUUCUCCAGGGCUGCUCCUCCAUUGGACUAAGGUUAGUGCUGGAGUACCUGUACACUGCCAACGUGACUCUGUCCCUGGACACUGUGGAAGAAGUUCUCUCGGUCAGCAAGAUUCUCAACAUCCCGCAGAUCACCAAGCUCAGCGUCCAGUUCCUCAACGACCAGAUCUCGGUGCAGAACUACAAGCAGAUCUGCAAGAUCGCGGCCCUCCACGGCCUGGAUGAGACCAAGAAGCUGGCCAACAAGUACCUGGUGGAGGACGUGCUGCUGCUGAACUUUGAGGAGAUGUGCGCCAUGCUGGACGCUCUGCCGCCCCCCGUGGAGUCGGAGCUGGCGCUCUUCCAGAUGUCGGUGCUGUGGCUGGAGCACGACAGGGACACGCGUAUGCACUACGCCCCGGACCUGAUGAAGAGGCUGCGGUUCGCCCUCAUCCCGGCCCCUGAGCUGGUGGAGAGGGUGCAGUCAGUGGACUUCAUGAGGAGUGACCCUGUGUGCCAGAAGCUGCUCUUGGAUGCCAUGAACUAUCACCUGAUGCCCUUCAGACAGCACUGCAGGCAGACCAUAGCUAGCAGGAUCCGUUCCAGUAAGAGGCUGGUCCUGCUGGUCGGGGGCCUGCCCCCUGGACCUGAUCGGCUGCCCAGUAAUCUGGUCCAGUACUACGACGACGAGAAAAAGACAUGGAAGAUCCUCACAAUAAUGCCUUACAACAGUGCCCAUCACUGUGUGGUUGAGGUGGAGAAUUUCCUGCUUCUGCUCGGUGGGGAGGACCAGUGGAACCCAAACGGCAAACACAGCACUAAUUUUGUCAGCCGCUACGAUCCCAGAUUCAAUAGUUGGAUACAACUUCCUCCUAUGCAGGAGAGGAGAGCCAGUUUCUUCGCCUGCCGCCUGGAUAAACACCUGUAUGUGAUUGGCGGCAGGAACGAGACGGGCUAUCUCUCCAGCGUGGAGUCCUUUAACCUGGAGACUAACGAGUGGAACUAUGUGUCAUCUCUGCCCCAGCCUCUGGCUGCUCACGCAGGAGCAGUGCACAACGGGAAGAUAUACAUCUCAGGAGGGGUGCACAAUGGAGAGUACGUCUCCUGGCUCUACUGCUACGACCCCGUCAUGGACGUGUGGGCCAGGAAACAGGACAUGAACACGAAGAGGGCCAUCCACACCCUGGCUGGCAUGAGCGACCGCCUCUACGCCAUCGGCGGCAACCACCUGAAAGGGUUCUCCCAUCUGGAUGUGAUGUUAGUGGAGUGCUACGACCCCAAAGGAGACCAGUGGAACAUCCUGCAGACGCCCAUCCUGGAGGGCCGCAGUGGCCCUGGCUGUGCCGUGCUGGACGACAGCAUCUACCUGGUGGGCGGCUACAGCUGGAGCAUGGGAGCCUACAAGUCGUCCACCAUAUGUUACAGUCCAGAGAAGGGAACGUGGAUGGAGCUGGAAGGGGAGGUGGCCGAGCCCCUGGCAGGACCGGCCUGCUCCACAGUCAUACUACCUGCCUGUCUGCCCUUCAACAAAUAGCAGCCCUCUGGGCAGAGGUGGAGGGGGAGGGACAGGGGAGAGGGGAGGUGCCAUGGGGACAAAGGACCAUCGAUAAACAGACAGUCGUCAACCAAUUUUGAUCGUCCAAUCAGAUGACGGGGUGUGUAUAAAUUAUUUUUUUACAGGUUUGACAAGAGCACUUUCGUUAUUGCCUACUGAAGGUUGGAAAUGUAAUCACGUAUCCAUGUAUUUAAACCCAUCUGUGUUGAAAUUCUGAAAAUUGUCACUUUCAUGUCAGUUUUGUUGGAUUGGUAGUAAGUGUUUUGGCUUCUCUUGAUAUAGCACGCAUAGUGUCAAACUGAAUUAUACUAGCUUUCAUAUCCAUCUGUAUCUUGUAACUAGUAGAGGCAUCAGUCAAUCAAACAGAACGCGGUGUUGCUGACACAAUCAACACUGGAAAUAAUGUGAGCAACCACAAACAGAACUGUUUAAUAUGCUCGUUUUUUUCUCCAAACCAAAAUCAUGUUUUUUUGUAACAUAAAAAUGGAACGUUACUCAAAAUGUCCUUUGCUUGAAGUGAAUCAUUUUUUAAGCUGCAAGUGAGACAACUUUGUUAAACAUGGAUUCUGUUUAUUUUGAAUUAUGGAUGGUACAAUCACAUUUUUAUUCCAUAGCUUGUAAUUGGUAAACACAAGUAGAAGAAUGGGGUGAAAUGUCAAAUGAGUCCUGGGUUGAGAUUUUAUUCUGACGUUUUCACAUGUUGCUGUUAGGUUUUUCCAGAGACAACAGGAAUAUUUCUGAAUAGAUUCUCCCACAAAGGGAGAAGAAGGGCUCUGUGGUCCUUAAUGCACUAAUUGUGAACCUCGGAAUAGUUGCAAAAAAUGGUUUACAAAACUGAACGUUUGUGUUGUCUCUCGUAUAGGUGAAAAAAAAAAAAGAUUAGGAAGACAAAAAGAGUGGAAACUCACUUCAGUUGUUUUCAAGGCCCCACUGACAGCUGUUCAAUUAUUUACGGUGUGUCAUUUUUUUUCAUUCUUGUACAUAAUCACUUGCAGUGGAAUAUUUUGUGCACUUAAUCUGGGAUUUAUUCUCAAAUCCUGUUAUGUCCUUUGCAUUUUAGAAUAUGAAAAUAAAACACUUGAUGA